UCCCGGCCGCCCGUCCCGAGAGCCCCCGCGCUGCGGUCAUGGCGCUGUGCGGGCGGGGUUGGGCGCGCUGUGCCCGCGGGCUGCGACUCGGGGCCUUGCCCCGGCCCGGGCUCUGCGGGACCCGCGGCGUGCGGGGCUCCAACCCCUUCACCCGGCAGCAGGAGGAGGAGUGGCGGCGCCGGAACCGCUCGACCGUGGGCUACAUCGCGGCGGCGGCCGUGGGCAUGGUGGGGCUGUCGUACGCGGCCGUGCCGCUCUACCGCCUCUACUGCCAGGCCACGGGGCUCGGCGGGACGGCGGGCACGGGGGGCGACCCGGAGCGGAUCGAGCGCAUGGAGCCGGUGCGGGACCGGCUCAUCAGGGUCACGUUCAACGCCGACACGCACGCCAGCAUGCAGUGGAACUUCAAACCGCAGCAGAGCGAGAUCUACGUGGUACCAGGAGAGACUGCGCUGGCAUUUUAUAAAGCAAAAAAUCCUACUGACAAACCAAUAAUUGGAAUUUCCACCUACAACGUUGUCCCCUUUGAAGCAGGACAGUAUUUCAAUAAAAUACAAUGUUUUUGUUUUGAAGAACAGAGGCUAAAUCCUCAGGAGGAAGUGGACAUGCCUGUCUUUUUCUACAUUGACCCAGAGUUUGCAGAGGACCCUAAAAUGGCUAAAGUUGAUUUGAUCACUCUCUCUUACACCUUCUUUGAAGCAAAGGAAGGACAGAAGUUGCCACUUCCUGGGUAUCAGUAACAAGCCUUCUCUACAAAAUCUGACUUUGCUACAUCUGAGUGCCAGUUUUGAUGCCGUUUUUCCUUGGAAGAAAAAAACUGCAGGAGUACUGUGCACUAUGAAAUUAUACUAUUAAACCUCCAUGGGCACAUGCUGUUA